AUCUCCUUACUUCGCAUCAAACCCUAAAUUCAAACCUUCAAAUCCAAUCAACAAUGGCGUUCAUCGUCUCUCCCUCCAAAUCUGCCUCCCACCGCCGCGAUUUCCUCUCCCGCCUCCCGUCGCACCUCCUCAUCGAGAUCCUCUCCCGCCUCCCCGCGAAAUCCCUCGUCCAGUGCAAAUCCGUCUGCAAGCAGUGGCUCGAUCUCGCCUCCGAUCCCUACCUCGCCAAGCUGCAUUUCGCCCGAUCCAAGCCCGGCGUCGCGAUCCACCAAUCGGAGCCAUCGAAGAACCUCCUCCGCGUCGCCGAUUUCGACGAUUUCCACGCGCCGACGGCCGAGAUCGACCUCGAAUCGCUCACCCCCUCCCCCUCCGUCGCUGUCGACGGCUCCGUCAAGGGGCUUUUGCUCCUCCGCGACGCCAAUUACAAGCGCGAGGCGCUCUACGUCUGCAAUCCCCUCACGCGCGAGUACAUCGCGCUCGCGAGCCCUAAUCAGAUCGUGCGGUACCCUAGCAUCGUCACUCACGGAUUCGGCGUGACUAAUUCGACCGAGGAGUUCAAAAUCGUGCGAAUUUACCAGGAGAGGGAAAUUGAUCCGAGAAGCGGCUCCUGUUUAAGAAUCCCCAAUUCCGAGUGCCAAGUCUACACCCUCGGAACAGGGGAAUGGCGCGAGGUAGGCGAAAGGCUCGCUCCUUUUGCCUACGACGGCCGCCUAAUUGGCCAAUUUUUCAGGGGGAAUCUCCACUGGAUAAUCGAGGACCUAAACGGCCACGAGCUCAUAUCCGCAUUCGACCUCGAAAACGAGUCCUUCCAUCCCUUCCCCGCCCCGUUCCCGGGGAGGAAACUCCUCGGGAGCGUGGGGGUGUUGGACGAUUGCCUCUGUCUCUGCGACAACACCUCGAAUUUCGAGGUCGAUAUCUGGGUGAUGAAGGAGUAUGGAGUUGGGAAAUCGUGGAGCAAGCGCUUCGUGAUCCGGAAAAUGCCGGAAUUGAUCGGGCCGUCGUUUGAGAUUGUGAGGGUGCUGAAGGUGUUGGGAGAUGGCAACAUUUUGCUGGUGUGGGCGGAUUACUGUGUGCUGAAUUACUGCAGUAAAAGUGAAGUGACUCAAGAAGUGGACAUGGUUCAAUCGAGAGGGCCUAAUAGCGUUGAGGCUAUGCAUUAUGUGCCGAGUUUGAUGAGUCUCAAGAGCUUUGUUAGUGAGAAAGUUGUUAUGUUUUAGUUUUCUUGUGAAUUUGUUGGUGAAAAAUCUGAACUAUAUUUGAUGUUCAGGUUUUUUUUAUACAAAGAUUGAAUCUUUUGUGUUA